AUGGAGAACAUUAUCACCUCGAAUGCAACAGCAGCAAACGGGGUGGUUACUGAGGAUCAUCCCGACGUUGGAAUCACUCUUCGCCUCAUCGCUAAAAUGUUGGUGUUCCUCCUUGGAGUUCCCGGUAACUGCCUGAUUCUUCGAGUCUACUGGACCAAGACUCGUAAGACCAGCACCGAUAUUCUGAUCAGAGCCCUGGCCUGGGCUGACCUGACCGUCUGCUUCUUGACCAUCCCGCGGAUUAUCGUCAUGUUGGCAUGUGAAAAUUUGAAUUCCUUUGUGUGUUUCAUUGCAGAGGCUGUUCUCGUUGCACUUUCUAACGCAGCUAUAGCCUCGUCAUUCAGUAUCACUGCGGUGAUUGCGGUAGAACGCUAUGACUGCGUAUGCCGUCCGCAAAAACGGAUUUUCAACCCUGCACGGUCUAAGAUAGCAGUUUUGGUCGCAGUGUUGUUUGCAGUCGCCAUUCAUGCAGGACAAGUCGCCUUUGUUAUCUGCUUUAGAGUGUCAUGCUCCAUACCCCCUUCUUUACAGGCACACUGGUACAUAGACGUGAUUGUAAAACCAGUUAUAUUUGUGAUUGCGUUAGUGACAAUAUGUGCAAGUUACGGGAAAGUUUACGCCACUAUCCGUAAACACGUCAAGGUAGAGCCCGCCCAGGUGCCAACUACACGAGACGAACGCAGACAGAGUGAUCGGAGAGUCGAACGUCACGUAAACUGCUCGACACGACCGACACCACCUCUGCAGAUCAAUGAGUUGCCGACACGUGAAUAUGUCGACGAGGCCGUGACGAGGUUUGUAAAUCAACCAAAUACAAGUUCGACAACUCAUACAACGUCUCAGCAAAAGAAACCCAACGGUGCAUGCACUGCUGCUCAAGUCGUAUCUUUUGCACACCAGGACACUUCUGGCCCUAGCCAACCCAAUGUGAUCCCCGUACCUAAAGCUAUAGCUGCGUCGAAUGACAAUACCCCAUCUCAUGGGCAGAGCCAUCCAGAGCAACGACACGCCCCUCUCAGGGUCGGUGCUGCCAAACUACAGCGUAAGACAACCAGAAUGCUUUUUAUUACCAGCGUGGUGUUUCUCCUGACCUGGCUGCCCUACCUGAUUUUCAUUAUUAAACAAUACUUGUCCCUGGAUGGUUCAUUCGACAAGUUCGAUGAAAUAAUUGCGGAACUUUCAAUCACUCUUUUGAUCAACUGUGUAGUUAACCCGCUGAUAUAUGGAAUCGCAAACAGGCGAUUCAGGAAAGACUGCAAAGAGGUGAUCCGCAAAAUAAAAUGCUUCAAACGCAGAUAG